AAAAAUUCUGAAGAGUUAGAUGAGUGUUUCAAAACAUUAUAUGAUGUUGCUAAUGAUGUUGACUAUAUAGAUGCUAUUGCAAGGAUUUACAAUGAAGAACAAUUACCUUCAAAUAUAUUUCCUGAUAUUAAAUGCACCACUACAAUGUAUUGA